ACGCCAGUUCGGAAUUGGCUUUCAUCGCUUUUACUUGUCACAGCCAUGGACUCCUGGAUUGAAAGAGACAGAACGGGCUGAUUAUUCCGACUUCUCAACGUCUCUGAGAAAAAAGAUAAAGGAAAUGUCAGCUUAUGAUUUUAGACGGAUGACUUUGUGCCACGUGACUGUUACCACUUUUAUUCCACUUCUACUCACUGUGGUCUUUAAUUGUGAAUCUUUGAGUAUCGGUUUUCCUCAAGAUUGGUCUUCAGAUUGGCCAAUUAGUACUUCAAAUGUAGAACACGUUGGAGAAGGUUUGCGGCAUACAAAUGGUUGCCAGUUUCCAGAGCAUUGGAUGGGUAACUGGUUUCAAAAAGGUGUUCAGGAUCCAAUCAGGAUCAUUAAUGGAACUUUAUCAAAUAAAGGUGAUUGUCGUGAUUCCGAUGGUGACAAAUUUCUUAUUGAAAGUUGGAACGAAAAAUGCUACAGAUGCGUGGUCAUGCAUGAAAAACAUGAAAAUGUAUUGCAAUAUAAAGAAAGUUACUGUUCUCCCAUCAAUCAGUUCCAGAGCUUAGGGUUGCUGUGCGAGGAGAUCAAUGGAGAUGCUUUGCUUUUCUCUAUGUUUCGACUGGGUUCUGCGCCGGUUGGUUGCCCAUUUAGUGGACCUUUUACCUUUACUUAUAGAAGAGACAGUGGUGAAUGUGCGAAUCCCGUAUCUUCCAUUGAUUCCUGCACCGACGAUUCUCGUCUCUUAUUCCGAUUUCAAGCUUGCGCUAAUGUCAUGAGUUCUGAAAGUAGAGAAAAUCCAUUUUUCUCUUUAGCUUCGAAUAGCGAAUCGGGAGAAUGUCCUCUUGUUGGCAUAUACACAACAGAAGGAUCCAACUCUCUCUUGAUUCACGUCGAUACACCUGAUUUAGAUACUUUGUCCUGUUCUCACGAUUCUAUCCUGGCUUCUGGUUGUUCGGCUGUAGAUCAGUUAGAACUAUUAGAAGAAUGUGCCUCUGAAAGAAGAGUGACAAAAUUUCAAUGUAGAGGAAGCUGGGAAGAAAAUGGUACAUACUACCUCAUAGCCACAGCUAAAGAAACGAGAAAACAUUACUGUAUAACUUAUACAGAAAAAGAUAAGGUCUUACACUUUUCGGGGAGUACAGAAACCUGUUUGAGGAACAUCGGAAUAGAAAAUUUUGUGGUUUUUAACGUCACUAAUAGCGGUCUGUGUAUGGACACCAAUGGUGCCACAAGACAUCCAGAUCUCACCUCGUGGAUAUCUAGUCUAAUCUUUUUUCUAAUUCUCACGCUAACAUCUAAAUGUGGAAGUCGGUGACAAUAAACCAGCCAUCGAGACGUCCCAAUAACAGUGGAUAGUGUGUGGCCAUGUUUCUAUCCAAAGAAGAAACACGUAAGACCACACGCGUACACCUAAGCAUAAACACAAGUACACACACUAUGCCGCCCCCUGUUGUAGCUGCAAGGACAGCAAUGUUGUCUUCACUCAUUUUAUGUGUUGUUUUUUCAUAAUAACAAUUCAGUUACCAUUAGGUUUGUCAAAGACAGCCUUAAAUCACUUUUUAGGUUGUCGUAUAUUUCUAGUCUCCACCUCGUUAUGGAAAAUGUGCUGCAGUGUGACUGCACCUGCUUUCCAUUGUGCCCAGCCUUAACUCUAGUUGUAAUCUGUUGACAAUUAGAAAUAUCUAGAUAAAAAAAAAAUACCAAAAAAAAUAUACAAAAAAAAGAGCAGAAUGUGGUCGAGUAUAGUGUAGAUUGUGAAUUCGGGUUCGUACCCAAAGAGAUUGUUGAUAUUGCACGAUUGCUGUGAUAGAAUGAUGAAAGCUCAAAGGACGAUUGAAGGAGGGAUUUAAGAGGAAAAAUAAAUCAAAGCUGUGGUUUCAAUUGUCCUAGUGUUGCUGUUGGAUUAUGUAUAUAUAAAACAUACGUAAGCAACAUCUUCAAUCUUACUUUUAACAAUGUAGUACGGUGCCUUGAACGCAGUUCGUAAUUCUUGGAAAUUUAUUACGACCAAAAAAAAAUAAUAAUAAUAAUUUCAAAUAAAAAAAAAUAUAUAAAUGAUUUGUUUAGGAAAGUUUUAAAAAAAUCGACAAAAAAAAAAAAUACUCAAAAAUUUAAAUAAUUAUUAAAAAUUAAGCGACAUAUCGAGUCUCACGCAUCUUCCUCCCGGCUUUACUUUCAUAUAUUUUAAUUUAAUUUAUAUAUAUUUUUUUGUUUUUUGUAAAUUUUAAUUUGUAUUGUUCGAACUGAAGUUAAAAUAAAAUGAAGU